AUGGCCUCCCGUGUGUGCCCGGAGCCCGGGGCCCCGAGCCCGAGCCCGGCCCGGGGCGGGGAGCAGCCGGACCCGGGCCCGGGCCGCUGCUCGGACCGCCACGCUCGGGCCCUGUUGGCUCAGAUCAACAGGAUGCGGGGCCGCCGGGACCUGUGCGACGUGCGGCUGCGGGUCGGGCACGAGGUGUUCGAGGUGCACCGGCUGGUGCUGGCCGCCAGCAGCCCCUACUUCACCGUCCUGUUCGCCGGCGGCAUGAGGGAGGCGGGCAGGGAGGCCGUGCACAUCCACGGCGUGGGCCCCGCCAUCUUCCAGCUGCUGCUGGAGUUCAUCUACACAGGUGUAGUCAAUGUGAACAUAAACAAUGUCCAGGAGUUGAUACUGGCAGCUGACAUGCUGCAGCUGACAGAGAUUGUGAGCAUAUGCAGUGACUUUCUGAAAGGGCAGAUUGACCCCUCAAACUGUAUCGGAAUCUAUCAGUUCGCUGAACAAAUCGCGUGCCACGAAUUGAUUGAUUUCAGUGAAAACUACAUUCAAGUCCACUUCCUGGAGGUCUGUAAAGCUGAGGAGUUUAUGGGAUUGGCCAAAGACCAGCUGGUUAAGGUCUUAAAAAGCGAAGAGCUUCAAAUUGAGGAUGAAUACCAGGUUUUCAUAGCAGCAAUGGAAUGGAUUCAUAAGGAUAUUGGUAAAAGGAAAAAGUAUGUAGUUGAAGUGCUGGAUCCUGUUCGAUUUCCUCUACUAUCUUCGCGGAGACUCUUCAAGUAUAUUGAAGGUAUCGCUGACUUUAGUCUGCGGGUUGCACUGCAGAAGUUGCUGGAGGAGUACAGGGAGGUCAGUAAACCUCAGAAAGAGACAAAGUUUUGUAAACUGCAGCCGGCAUCCAAGAUUCGACCUCGAAGGAAGGCCAGGAAGUACCUCUACGCUAUAGGUGGGUACACUCGGCUUCAGGGUGGUCGUUGGAGUGAUAGCAGAACUCUCAGCUGCGUAGAACGCUUUGACUCAUUCAGUCAGUACUGGACCACAGUGUCAUCCAUCCACCAGGCUCGAAGUGGAAUGGGUGUUGCUGUCCUCGAGGGGAUGAUCUACGUGAUAGGUGGGGAAAGCGAUUCCAUGAUCUUUGACUGUGCGGAGCGCUAUGAUCCAGUUAUUAAACAAUGGGCAGCUGUGGCAUCCAUGAAUUCGCCACGAUGUGGACUGGGUGUGUGUGCUUGUCAUGGUGCUAUUUAUGCUCUGGGGGGUUGGAUUGGGGCAGACAUCGGGAAGACAAUGGAAAGGUUUGACCCGUCUGAUAAUAAGUGGGAAGUUGUUGGAAACAUGGUCGUUCCUCGGUACUUCUUUGGCUGUUGUGAAAUGCAAGGUCUAAUUUAUGUUGUUGGAGGAUUGAGUGACACAGGGUCAGAACUCCAUUCAGCAGAAAUGUUUGAUCCCAUCACAAAGCGCUGGAUGGCACUGGAUGAUAUGAAAACAAAAAGAGCUUAUGUUGGAGUAGCUACCCUCAAUGAUUGUAUUUAUGCUGUUGGCGGUUGGAAUGAGACACAGAAUGCUCUACGAACAGCAGAGAAGUAUUCGCUGCAAGAGGAGAAGUGGUUUGAAGUUUCACCAAUGAAGAUGGCAAGAGCAGGGGUUUCUGUCAUAGCUGUUAAUGGCCUCCUAUAUGCAGUGGGUGGUCGAACGUCAGGCAGGGAUUCAUCUGCUCCUGUGACACUGGACUCCGUUGAAGUGUACGAUCCUCAUACCGACACAUGGAUGGAGAUUGGAAAUAUGAUAACUAGCCGCUGUGAUGGUGGAGUAGCAGUGCUUUAGCCCCUUCAAGACGACCCAUCUCGGUUUUAUCAAUAAGGCCCCUGCAUGGAGGAAAUCUCUGUGUCAUUUUGCACUUUUGGGACCUCUUUUCAAUGUGAUAAAGGACAUUUUCAUGAGUUGAGACAGUUGGGCUCGAGGUAAGUUUUAGUAACCAUGGAUUAAAGUGGCCUGACCAUUGACUGAUUUUGCAAAGACACACACACAUCACACACACACACACAAACCAUUGUGUACAAUUGUGUAUCAUUCUGCAAAAUGGAGAGAUGUAAUACUUAAAACAAAUGUUUUGAAAAUUUCAAAAGCUGAUUCCAAACCAGUAAGUUCUCAAGUUGACCCAAUGGAUUGUUAUCUGUGUUAAUAACAAAGAUUUUAAAACCUUGCGGGAAAAUCUGAAUAUCAAAUAAUUGAUUCUUGAACUUUUGCUUCAUCAAAGUGCAAUUGGAAAGAGAAGACUGGAGUCAUGCAGUAUUUGUACAAGAGCUCAAUUUAUAAAGUCAGCCUUCUGAUAUGUUUUGGUUAAGUCUUUAUUGAAUACUAGGUGUGAAUGUUUUUAAUCCAAGUAUGCAUAGAGACCGAGCUGAACAAAUGCCUUUUUCUAAGUGCUCUCCAGACUCUCACUAUUUGUAGAGGUGUUUUGGGUGUUAAUUUAUCAUUUUAGCAUUAAGCACAUACAAUUAUGUCAGCAAUAUGAACUUAUUGAACAGCAUUUUAUUUACAUUCUGAAGUGGGUUAUGUAUUCAUAGUUUAGUGGUUAGAGCGCUCGCCUCGCAAGCGAGAGGGCCUGGGGUCAAUUUCUGGCAGAGCAAAACGUUCCUUAUUCCUCCAUGCGCCUCUUGUUUACCUAGCAGUAAGUAGGAACCCGGUUGUUAGUCAAUUGCUAGAUUGCUGUUCUGGGGUAAUAAUCCCUUCAAAAACAAAUAAUAAUUUGGCCACUCAAUCCACGACUGUUUGUGGGAUACCGCUGUGCGCAAUCGGCUGCAAGUUUCACCCACAAAGUAUAGUCAAUUAAUUUUACAGUAUAUUUUGUGAUGUGCUGUGAGAAGAAGAUGUAAUAAAGCGCUAUAUCAAAUGCAAGGAUUAUUAUUAUAUCUAUUGGUGGGUUGUUUUGUAAAAUGUUUUGCUUUAUGUAUAUACAACAUAAGGUGAGGCUGCUUUUUUUUAUUUGAGGUGUAAGAUGUAUAUGUUGUCACAUAAUCUGGGAGCCUUUACAUUUUCUAAUUUAUGAGACUAUGGUUUCUAACUAAUAAUUACUUGAAUGUUUCUUGCUGUGUAUUGACAAACUUGAAGUGAAAGUUUCUGGCAUUUAGCUUAGUGACUUUUUCUAUUAGAUUUGUGACAAUUUUUAAUUGCUACUUUCAGGGAAGAUAAUUCUGCCUUUUCAGCUGUUGUGUUGUGUUAA